CAUUUUCCCGUUUUGACUUUGCUACUAUUAGAUUUGAGCCUGGUCGUGGUCCGUAGUUACCAAAGUUGCCUAGCAACAACAAUACAACAACAACAAUCUCCACCGUAGCCCGCAGUUUGUUGAAACGUUCAGACACUCGAGGUAAGUGACAGCUUGAUAGGUGCUUCUAAACUGUCAAACUCGGACAUAAAUACAUUUGAAAUAAGGCUAUUUUCAGUGGAAUGAGAGCGAUAGAGGCAGACAUUGCAAUUGCAACUUGUGACUUUAGAGUGGCAGCCGGCUAGCUUCAGAGGUUCAUGGACGUCGUUUUGGCGAGCUAAAAACAAUUUAAAAAAAUAACAAUAAUAAUUGUAAAAAAAAUUAAAAAAAAGAGAGAGAGAGAGAGAGAGAGAGAGACCUGCGAGUUAGUCGACAUGUCGGUGCCUUUCUGCAACACCCACCUGAGGAUUCCACGGGGCUUCGGAGCCCUCCUGGAAGGCCUGGUCCGAGAAAUUCUUCGUGACCAACCUCGAGACAUUCCCAUAUACGCCGCCCUCUACUUCAAACGUCUUCUCAGCCAACGAGAUGGCAGCGGCGUGGACCCAACCGAGUGGGCUGCCAGCCUGGAAGAUAGAUUUGACAACGACCGUGCAUUUCAGGCUGUUCCUGAAAAGGAGCCAGCGACAGAAGUCCCGUUACCUGAAGAAAAAAGAGCUGAGCUACAAACUGAAGAAACGCCUGCUCAGUCAGCAGAAGCCACAGAACAAGUCUCAGCAGCAACCUCUGAUCAAGUUGACCCGACAGAGGUUCUAAACGAGAGAGAUCAGGAUGUAUCGCAGUCUGAAACACAAAGUGGAGUCUUAGAGCGAGAAGAGAACACUGAAGCUGGAAAGACUGAGGAAGUGGCUAAGGAGGAGGCUGAGCAAGUAGCUCAGGAGGAGGCUAUAGAGGUGGCACAGGAGGCUCAGGAGGAGGCUCAGGAAGAGACUCAGAAGGAGGCUCAGGAGGCUCAGGAGGGGGCUCAGGAAGAGACUCAGAAGGAGGCUCAGGAGGGGGCUCAGGAGGAGGCUCAGGAAGAGACUCAGAAGGAGGCUCAGGAGGGGGCUCAGGAGGAGGCUCAGGAGGAGGCUCAGCAGGUGGUUCAAAAGGAGGCUCAGGAGGUGGCUCAGGAGGACGUUCAGGAGGAGGUUGAGGCGGGCGCAGAGGAGGAUGCUGAAGGAGGCACUGUGGUGAAAGCUGAGGAGCUUGGAGAAGGAGAGACAACUACGGCAAAAGUCACAGGUGCUGAUAAUGAAGAUGCUGAUAAUUCACAGGCUGCUGAUGACGAGAGUCUCAUAGCCCAGACAGAAGAAACUGAAGAAGCACAGCCUCAACGCGAAACCCUCGAUGAGGAAGAAGAAGGUGAAGCUGAGGCCGAAAAGUCAAAUGAGGAGGAAGGUGCAGUAACCGAGGCUCUUAAUGAAGAAGAUGACGAAUCAGCUAAUGCAGAAGUAAAUCUGGACAACACCGAUGAACCGACAGACGUUGAGGUUGACUCCAUGGAGAUUCCACGGGCUGAGCAAAGUGUUGAUGCGGAGAACCAACCAGAAGAAGAAGGUUCAGAGGAUGUUUCAGAGAUGGAGAGACAGGAAGGGCAAGGCAAUGAUGAGCCUGAAAUAGAGGUACAGCAAGAUGACGCCAACAAUGAGGAAAUGGAAGAUAAAGUAGCUGAUGACCCUCGAGAGGAGGCCGGGCCAGCUGAAGCACCAGAGCCCAAUGAUUAGAAGGGGACGAGCUUUAUCUUCUUACGGGCCAUCUGUCCACUGAAGUUGGCCUGGAUCUGGUCCUCUAGGCCCAGGUGUUAAUGGUGUCCUUUUCCUCCUGUGGCCACAUUCCUCCUGCCGAGAGGACAUGAUAGGAUGUGCAUACUUUUA